CCCAGGGGGCCGCCCCGCGUGCGCCGGAGUCGCGGAGGCCACCCCCGGCACCGGAAGUGACCCUGGCGGGCUUGGCUUCAAAUUCUCGGCGAGCUGAAGCAGCGCCGGGGGCUGGUGGCGGUUGGAGCCGGCAGCGCGGGGGCCGUGGGCACGGAGCGGGGUGCUGGGGGCCGGGCAAGGCCCUCCUCCCUCGCUGCCCGGGGCCCCGCUCGGCCCUUCCCCUCCGCGGGCGGUGGGCGGCCUCCCCAGGAGCCUCGGCCGCCGCAGCUUAUGCUUGAGCAUGAGUCUUCUUAUGAUUAGUGAGAAUGUAAAAUUGGCUCGUGAAUAUGCAUUGCUGGGAAACUACGACUCCGCAAUGGUCUAUUAUCAGGGAGUUCUUGACCAAAUGAACAAGUAUCUGUAUUCAGUUAAAGAUACGUACCUCCAGCAGAAAUGGCAACAGGUUUGGCAGGAAAUAAAUGUGGAAGCUAAACAUGUUAAGGAUAUCAUGAAGACACUAGAGAGCUUUAAACUAGACAGCACUCCACUGAAGGCUGCACAGCAUGAGCUGCCAGCUUCCGAGGGGGAAGUCUGGUCCUUGCCGGUACCUGCGGAACGAAGACCCUCGCCAGGACCUAGAAAGCGCCAGUCUCCUCAGUAUAGUGACCCAAAACCACACGGGAACCGUCCAGGUACGACAGUCAGAGUUCACCGUCCGUCUGCACACAAUCUUCACAACGACAGAGGGAAAGCUGUUCGUCAUCGGGAAAAGAAAGAACAGAAUAAAGGAAGAGAGGAAAAGAACAAAUCACCCGCUGCGGUUACAGAAGCAGAGACAAAUAAGUUUGAUAGCACUGGAUAUGACAAGGACUUAGUAGAAGCUUUGGAAAGGGAUAUAAUUUCUCAGAAUCCCAAUGUUCGAUGGGAUGAUAUUGCUGAUUUAGUAGAAGCUAAAAAGUUGCUUAAGGAAGCUGUGGUGUUACCAAUGUGGAUGCCAGAAUUCUUUAAGGGAAUUAGGAGACCAUGGAAAGGAGUGUUGAUGGUUGGCCCGCCUGGCACGGGGAAGACCCUCCUUGCUAAAGCAGUAGCUACGGAAUGCAAGACAACGUUCUUCAACGUCUCUUCCUCUACCCUGACCUCCAAAUACAGAGGGGAGUCGGAGAAGCUUGUUCGUCUGCUCUUUGAAAUGGCUCGGUUUUAUUCUCCAGCCACCAUCUUUAUUGAUGAGAUAGAUUCCAUUUGCAGUCGCAGAGGGACGUCUGAGGAGCACGAGGCAAGCAGAAGGGUGAAGGCUGAGCUGCUGGUUCAGAUGGAUGGUGUUGGAGGUGCUUCUGAAAAUGACGACCCUUCCAAAAUGGUGAUGGUUCUGGCAGCUACUAAUUUUCCCUGGGAUAUCGAUGAGGCCUUAAGACGACGUCUUGAGAAAAGAAUCUAUAUUCCAUUACCGUCAGCAAAGGGCAGGGAAGAGCUCUUACGAAUAAGUCUGCGUGAGCUGGAACUGGCUGAUGAUGUUGACCUUGCAAGUAUAGCAGAAAACAUGGAAGGUUAUUCAGGUGCGGACAUUACCAAUGUGUGCAGGGAUGCAUCCUUGAUGGCAAUGAGAAGGCGUAUUGAAGGUUUGACCCCAGAAGAAAUCCGAAAUCUUUCAAGAGAAGAAAUGCACAUGCCUACAACUAUGGAGGAUUUUGAAAUGGCUUUAAAAAAGGUUUCUAAGUCAGUAUCUGCUGCAGACAUUGAAAGAUAUGAGAAAUGGAUAUUUGAGUUUGGAUCAUGCUAAAUUCUCACAUGUAAACGGUGAGAAACCUGCCUUAAGCAUCUGAAUAAUAAUUAAAUGUAGUAUUCCAUUGCA